UAUUUUGAAGCAUACAAAAACGCCUGAAAAAAAGAAAGAAAGGCGCGACCAUGAAAUAAUGAAAUACGAAUAAAGCGGGACUUUUUUAUAAAAAAAACCCCGCAAAAAAUCGAAAGAUAUUCACGCCAAUCUUGCUCAUUGCCAGGAAUAGUUUGGUGCAGGAAGGAGCACCCAGCUCUCUUCGCUUCUCAGCUCAUUCGCGCUCGGUCAAAAGCUUCCCGCUGCAACAACAUCCAACCCUCAUCUCUUUUCUUCCCUUCCCUUCCAUUUCAGCAUUUGCAGGAUUUUCGAAAGAUCCAUCACUCCGCAGCUUUCCCUAAUUAUAAUGUUCCAGUUUGUCUUGAAAACAACUCACCCACCAGCUUUUGAAGAUAAAAUUCAUGGUGAAUUGGAGCUCUAUACACAAACUUUGGGAGAAAUGGGCUUCCAGCAACGUAGGCUCAUCUGAUGAGCCAUUGAAGGCAGCUUUGCUACUUAACUAUGAUCUGAGAGCACCUUCUCGCCUGAAUUCUGUAAUAGUAGAGCAACAGGGAAUACACGCCCGGCCUGAUGAACUAAGUUCUCUUCUCGACUUUGUAAGACGGAACAAUUUUCAGAAAGAAUGCUUCUUCAUUGGGACAAACCAGUAUUUGGUCACUUCAGUUCAUGACCAGUGGUUCUGUGCAAGGUGUCUGAAUACAUCAAAGCAUGCAGGUGAAGGUGCCAUCAUAAUGCUUAAUGCAGCAUUCCUUUUGGUUGCAAUGUAUGAUGGUUUGAUUGGUGCUGCAUCUCGAGCAAUGGUUGCUGUUGAUCAGAUGAUAUCACAAUUGAAUCGCCGAAAUCUGUGACCUUCUGUUGGAUGCAGAAAACUUUGUUUUCCAUAUUGUUCAUAAUUUUUUUUUUAACCAAUGUUGUUUGGCAGCCAAUAUGCCAUGAAAUACGAUGAACAAUUGAUUGAGUUUUAAAUUGGGGGCCCGGUGGGGGGCAGAGGGUGGAAAUCCAUGCCCCCCUUUUUCUUUAGUUUCUUUGUCUGAAGGCCCUUGGGUGUGCAUUUUGGUCUGAAAUUUUAUCUUUAACAUGAAUUUGUGUAAUCUAUUUAAUAGAAACAUUAGAUUUAGGAAAACAUUCCAGAUUUCA